GGGUCUGACUCUAUGGUUGAGGCGCGGUAAGAUGAUGUCAACACAAGCCUGUUUGGGUCACGUGGGUGAUCCCCGCUGUUUGCGAGUGGCGCAGAGCGAUGAGGCGGUAGUGGGGCGCGCGCCAUGCGGAGCGACGGUUGUUCGGAUACAGGACCUGGGCACAGACAACAGAAGAUCAAGAGAUCUCUGGGAAACAAAAAGAGAAUCACCUUCCAGAGGAAAGAGGAAAUCUGAGCGAGAGGAUGAUGAAGAUUAUGAAGAAUUUUCCAGAAAGAAGCAGAAAGUUCCUGCAAGGAAAAAGCAACGAGCUGGGGUGCAACAAAAUCCCAAAUCCAAAGGGCGUUAUGUGCGGAAAGAGCCACCAACGUAUGCAGCAGGCAGUAUGGAGGAACAGUGGUACCUGGAGAUCCUAAGUAAGGGCAGAGUUACCUGUCCAACAUGCAGAGCUGUGGUCAGGAAGACUGUAGAGGGACUGAAGAAACAUAUGGCGAAUUGCAGACAGGAGAUGUUCACGUGUCAUCACUGUGGAAAACAGCUCAGGUCUUUGGCAGGAAUGAAAUACCACAUCAUGGCAGAUCACAACAACCUGCCAGUUGUGAAGGAGGGAGGUGAAUUAGAUGAGCAGUGUGAACGAGACCGCCUCCGGAAGGUGCUGAAACGAAUGGGAAAGCUAAAGUGUAUGAGGGAGGGAUGUACAGGCAGCUUCACCAGCAUAAUGGGAUACCUGUACCAUAUGAAAAAGUGUGGGAAGGAGGCCUCUGAGUUGGAGAAAAUGACCAUGAAAUGUCGUCACUGUGGGAAAGCAUACAAGUCAAAGGCAGGGCUUGUUUAUCACCUUAGGUCUGAGCAUGGGCCGGUCACUUUCCUCCAUGAAGAAGAGAGGCCUGAGAGUCUGAAGGAAAUGACCCUGGAGCCCAGUAGUGCAGGCAGAGUCCAGAGAAAAUCUGCUAAGGUGGCAGUCUAUUACCUUCACGAGCUAGCUAAUGAAGAGCUGGCCAAGGAGUGGCCUAAGAAGAAGGUUCUACAGGACCUAGUCCCAGAUGAUCGGAAGCUGAAAUACACCCGGCCCGGACUGCCCACAUUUAGUCAGGAUGUGUUGUGCAAGUGGAAAUCGGAGAUAAAGAUGUACCGAAGGGUCCACUGUCCAAACCAGGGCUGUGAGUCUGUAUAUGGCAGUGUCUCAGGACUCAAAUCUCACCUCGGCACCUGCACCUUGGGAGACUUUGUGGCUGGGAAAUACAAGUGUCUCCUAUGUGAGAAGGAAUUCAUAUCAGAGAGCGGGGUCAAGUAUCACAUCAACUCUGUGCAUGCUGAGGACUGGUUUGAUGUGAAUACCACUAACAAAAAAAGCUUUGAGAAGCUGAUGAAAAUCCGCCAGAGAGAAGAUGAGCAGAGAAAGCAGCGAAAGAAGUGUAUUGCAGCUCGGAGCAGAAAGAAAAGGCCUGGAAUUGUAUCUGCCAAGAAGCUCCUUGGUGCAGGGGCCGAGAGAAGCAGAAGAAGGAGUAAGAGGGGGCAUUCCCAGCUGGUGGACAAUGAGAGCAGGAGCAGCGAGGAGGAGGAGGAGGAGCCCCAAGCUGCACAGAGAGCAGAAACUCCAAAAACUAUCCGCAAACGGGGCAGGAAAUAGAUCAUUGGAGGCAGAGGAACUAGACAGUUCUAGGAAGCCAGGAGCCCAGGUCAUGGCACAGCAGUCACUCCCUCCCGUGGACAGUGGCACUAGCAGUGUAGUUUGUGCCCUAGUUACAGGCUGAGUUCAGGUUAUGUUAGUUGCUUAUUUAGUGAUUUUAAAUAUUUCAGUCUCCGUUACAGCUCUCUGCUUUUGUUGUCCUCCUCUUAGGGAUCCUCAGCUUUGGUGAGGGCAGGUUUCCUUGAUGGAUCUCUAGGGCUGGGUGUGCAGGUCUCAGUUGGGGGAGUGAUUUCCUUUGGGGUAGUGUGUGCAGAUCCUGGGCAGUUUCUGGGGUGGGGCACAGAUGCUCUGGCUUGAUCACCUGCAGCCCAGUGCUACCUCAGGUGCUUAAAGGGGCUGCCUCUGAGACUCAGACACCUGAGUGCUGUCUCCCCCUUAGGUCAUUGCCAUAAAGCACCAUCCCUUCAAACUCAGCACUGCCCAGCAGUUUAGGAGUCCAGGCCUGCCUGAGAGGGUAGGACAUCACCCUGCCAAAAGCAGGAGUGUUUGCAGUGAGCUAAUGUACCCUUCAGCACCUGCCUCCUUUAAGGCUGAGCACUGACUGGUCCCUAAAAGUGGGGAGGGAGCUCUUCCUCCAGUCUGUGGCUAAGGACCAGCUCUCUGGACCCUUGCCUUCCAGAGGCACAUGGCAGCAAACUUGUCUGCCAGCACGCUACAGUCUGGGGAUGUGUGAGAUCAGUGCAGAUGGCUUGUGCUGUGUUACAGGUUCACACUUCAUAACAGCCAACCCCCACCUGCAGGACAGAGCUCAUACACAGUAGCAAAGCCCUGCGUAUUGCUGCCAUGGGGUGGCCUUGCCCUAGUUUGGUGUCUUUCUUCCCUCAAGCCUCAGUAGGAGCUGCUUCUCCUUGUCAGUGAGCUCUGCAGGUGCCUUCUCCCCUGAGCUAGUUGUAGCCUGCUCCUGGGAUUGCCACCUUUACCGGGACAAGCCUUAUGUAAUGGGCCUUCCUGUGUGUUGGUGUCAGGGCUGGAGGAAGGGGGUCCUGUUUACCUGUUGAAUUAAGUUUUAAUUUAGUGCAUGGUGAGUGUUCUGCCAUGUUCCACUUGUACAGCAGGGCCAGUUGAGACCCAUAAAUGGAUAACAUCUCUGGCAGGCUUAGCCACCCCCAUUCUCUGCUGGGUAGAGAAGGGGCCUGCAGGAUUUCUGAUGUCAGCUCACAUGCCCUGACAGAAAACUGCAGGAUUUGAUGUCUCUUUACCCUCUCCUCUCUUGUCCCGCUACAGUUCCCUGCCUCAGCUGGCUCUUUAGUUUGAUACAUGAGGAUUCAGUUCAUAUCUCGCUGCAGUGGAAGCUUCCACAUCAGCCAAAGUUGCUGGUGCUGAAAUUCACAGCGGAUUCCCUGAGGUGCACAGGGCACAGUCAGGUUUAUUCAUGUGUUUGUUUCUAGCAGUGAUGUUCAUUCACCCAUAUAAUCAAAUUGCCUUUGUGGCUGGGGGUAGGACCCAAGCUCUCCCCAGCCAUGGCCAUUUUACAGAAGCUACACCCUAAUAUGCGUAGAGUGAAGCAAAUUACACCCACCUCUUGUCUCAUACAAACUAACACCUAUGGCGAUUGUUGGACUCUGCAUGCAAUGCUCCAUUCUGAUCUAGGGGCAGCAGCUGCAUUUCAUGCUGGGACCUGCAGUUGUCAUGGAUUGCAGUGCUGUAUUAAAGAGGCAGGUUUCUGGGCUCUUCUAUAGAGGCUGUGAGAUGUGUGGUCAGAGCAGCAAGAUCAGAACAAAAUGAAAUAAAAUGUCACCAAUGCAAGAAUGUGAUAGCUUCUUUGGUGUAUAGUGUCUUUAGAAUCAUCCCCACUUUAGCAGUGUGGGGCAGAAGAGUGCAGAACUGCCUGUCUCUGGGCUUGUUGUGGGUGGCAAUAGGACGCAUGCCCUUAAGCACUGAGGCAAAGAGCCCUCACUUUCAGUUUUUCAACCACUUCUCUAUCCAGCACUCCAACCCUCCUCACAGCCUGUUGCAUUAAUGUAGGUGAAAUAUGUGGGCACAGAGAGUCAAAGGCAUGUAUUAGGAACACAAAGAAUUCUAACAGUGGUGUUGAUCCAUUUGUAGAUGGAAAUGGUAGAAUUAUCAAUAAUAAUGCAGAAAAGGCAGAAGUGCUCAAUAAAUACAUCUGCAUUGGGGGGUGGGGGGAAUGAUGUAGUCAUAUAUGAUAACACUUUUGCCACUUCACUAGUAGCUGUGGAGGAUGUUAAACAGCAGCUAUUAAAGUUUGACAUUUUUAAAUCAGCAGGUCCAGAUAACUUUCAUCCAAGAGUUUUAAAAGAGCUGGCUGAGAAGCUUGCUGAACCAUUAAUGUUGAUUUUCAGUAAAUCUUGAAACACUGGGGAAGUUCUAGAAGACAGCUAAUUAUUGGGUCAACAAGUGAAAAGGGUAAAUGGGAUGACCUGGGUAAUUAUAGGCCAGUCAUUCUGAUUUUGAUCCCAGUCAAGAUAAUGGAGCAGCUGAUACAGAGCUCAAUAAAUAAAGAAUCAAAAGGAUGGUAAAAUAAUUAAUGUCAAUCAACAUGGAAAAUAGAUCCUGUCAAACCUACUUGAAAUUUUUUUAAUUAAAUUACAAGUUUGGUUGAUAAAGGUAAUAGUGUUGAUGUAUUAGACAUUGACUUGGUACUGCACAACAUUUUGAUUAAAAAACCUAGAACAAUAUAAACUUAACCUGGUGCACAUUAAAUGGAUUAAAAGCUAGCUAACUGAUAGGUCUCAAAAUGUAAUUGUAAACGGGGAAUCAUCAUUGAGCAGAUGUUUUUAUAUUGGUAUCCUGCAGAGAUUGGGUCUUGGCCCUGCACUAGUUAACAUUUUUGUCAAUUACCUGGAAGAAAACAUACAGUCGUCACCAAGAAGGUUUGCAGAUGUCACAAAAAAUUGGGAGAGAGGUAAAUAAUGACGAGGACAGGUCACUGAUACAGAGUGAUCAGGAUGGCCUGGCAAGCUGAGUGCAAACAAACAAUAUGUGUUUUAAUAUAAGAACAUAAGAAAGGCCG